CAUUCGACGGCGACGGACUGACGUGACGGUUCCGAAGGCAGUGAAAUUUCAUUUUUUAGUGAAUGUGCUUGUGAUACGGUUUUGAAAAAUGCAAAUUCCAAAGGAAUAUGUGUCUACUGCUGAGGAUAUUGCAGAUCAGGUAGUUCGUAAAGGCAAGAAUGUUUUGCCCACGGUAGCCCGCCUGUGCCUCAUCUCCACAUUCCUCGAGGAUGGUCUCCGCAUGUGGUUCCAAUGGUCAGAGCAGCGAGACUACAUGGACAUGUCAUGGGGCUGCGGCAAGGUCCUCGCCACAAUGUUUGUUAUAGUAAACUUAGUAGGACAGUUGGGCGGCUGUGUAAUGGUGCUGGGCAGGCUCAAGGUGGACAUUGCGUGUGGAGUACUAUUCUUCAUUGUUGUACUACAGACAUUCGCCUACAGUAUAUUAUGGGACAUGCAAUUCUUGCUUCGUAACCUGGCUCUCAUCGGAGCCCUGCUGCUGGUGGUGGCGGAGGCCCGUGCUGAAGGCCGUAGCCUCUUCGCCGGAGUGCCGUCACUCGGGGAGAACAAGCCGAAGACCUACCUGCAGCUUGCUGGCAGAAUACUCCUGGCAUUCAUGUUCAUCACACUGUUAAGAUUCGAGAUUUCAUUCUUACAGAUCGUGCAAGAUCUGCUGGGUAGUAUCUUGAUGAUCUUGGUGACGGUGGGCUACCGCACCAAGCUGUCUGCUCUGAUGCUGGUGGUAGUGCUCUCCCUGCUCAACCUAUACCACAACGCGUGGUGGACAGUACCCUCAUACAAACCUCUUAGGGACUUCCUCAAAUAUGACUUCUUCCAGACCUUAUCUGUGAUCGGCGGUCUUCUUAUGAUCGUAUACUUGGGCCCGGGCGGAGUCAGUAUGGACGAACACAAGAAGAAGUGGUAGAAAAGCGAUCGGUGUGUACAAUGUAUGCACAUGUUAAAGACUAUUGAUAUUUUAAUCAUAAGAUGUUAUGGUGCAAGAGGAAAGAAAAAAUUUCAUAUAAUUUGGUGUUUUUAUGUGACAAUCUGACUAGUCGGCGU